CUCUAUCACUAUAUAACCAUGACCUUUUCGUUACCGUAGUAAUAUUCUAGCCUUCAUGCUUCGACCAUUAGGUAGAUUCGUGAGAAGUCCAAUAUUCCUGUGGAAACGACUAUCAUCUAACAAUGCAAUUCAUAAAAUACGGAAUGUUGGGAUAAUUGCGCAUAUAGAUGCGGGAAAGACUACACUGACGGAAAAAAUGCUGUACUAUGGAGGCUACACAAAUCAUUUUGGAAAUGUCGAUACAGGCAACACCGUAAUGGAUUAUUUACCUUCAGAACGAGAAAGAGGAAUUACUAUUACUUCCGCAGCUAUUACAUUUUCCUGGAGAGGACACACUAUAAAUUUAAUCGAUACACCUGGUCACGCUGACUUUACCUUUGAAGUAGAGCGAUCGGUCGCAGCUUUAGACGGUGCUGUAGCCAUCUUGGAUGGCAGUGUCGGUGUCGAAGCCCAAACAAAAGUUGUAUGGAGUCAGGCAACUCGGUAUGGAAUACCCAAAGUCAUCUUUGUUAAUAAAAUGGAUCACAUUGGAUCGAGUCUUUCAAAGACGAUGCAGUCAAUUUAUGCCCAAUUGGAUUGCCAUAAUCCAAUCGUCCUUCAACUUCCUGUGUUUUCGGAAUCGUUUGAAGAGAAGAAAUUUUUAGGCAUCAUAGACGUACUACGACAGAAAAUGAUUCUUUGGGAUGUGUGUUCAGACCAAACAUUCUACGAUGGAAAACACGUACGUGAAAUUCCUAUUCCUGAAGAAAAAAAGGAGGAAUUUCAAGAAGCCAGGGAAGCUAUGGUAAUGACUCUUUGUGAUCUUGAUGAAACUUUGUGUGACGAGUACUUACAAACUGAAAAUGUGAAUGCAUUUUCGGAAAAUCGAUUAACAGCCGCUUUAAGGGAACAAUGUAUUACGGGAAAUGUAGUCCCAGUACUUUGCGGAUCCUCGUUAAAAAACAUUGGUGUUCAACCUGCUAUGGAUGCUAUAGUUGAUUACCUUCCUGAUCCUACGGAGGUUAAUCAGCUCAAAAAGGAGAUAAACACUACCAAAGCUUCUAAUGCUAUUUCUUUGGAAAAUCUCCCCUUAUAUGCACUCGUCUUUAAAGUCAUUCAUACACCGACUAGGGGAAUCCUUACCUACAUUCGGGUGAAAGAAGGAACUUUGAAACGAGGGAUGAUGAUAUACAAUCCAAGAACGAGAAAAGCAGAGCGUACUAUAAGGUUGUACAAUGUUUAUGCGGAUCAAACACAGGAAGUAGAUGAGAUUUCAGCCGGAAAUAUUGGAUUGAUAGGUGGUCUGAAAGAAUUUCAUACUGGUGAUGCAAUUAUUACUAAGAAUAAAGGAAAAGAACAAUCCUACAUAAAAAGGGAAAACCUCUCGCAGUUACAUAUUCCUAUUCCAGAACCAGUCUGCAUGGCGGUCUUGGAGCCAGACUCUUUAAAAGAUGAACCAAAGUUACUAGAAGCACUUGCUAAUUUGGUCCGUGAAGACCCUUCCCUUCGGUAUACACAAAAUAGCGAAAGCAAUCAGUGGAUUUUGGAAGGGAUGGGAGGUCUGCAUCUGCAAAUCUCUCACCAGCGACUCGUAAACGAUUUUGGAGCUCGGGCAACUUUAGGAAAGCUUCAAGUAGGAUAUCGUGAAACAAUUACACGACCUUGUUCUUAUGCUGAUGAAAACGAAGGCUUUCCAUUGGGUAUCUCAUUGCACGUACAUUUAUAUCCUUUAGAUGAAAUCGUAGAUACCACGAAGGCUAACCAUUUUCAAGAGGGAUUUGUCUUUCAAGGCUGGACAAAAAAUGAUUCUGUUACUUUCCCAGAGUCGCUUGAGCUUUCCACGAUUGAUGAGCAUUUAUUCUACGGUAUUUUAGCAGGUUUAUCUCAUGGACCACUAUAUGGAUUCCCCCUCUGGAAUGUACAAGCAGCUGUUCACAUUGAGGCAUGUUCUCUUCCAUCAUCUACUUCUUCAUCUUCCCUCUCGCCUUUGGCACUUUUGUCUCAGGCGAUGGCAAAGGCCACUCGGCAAGCUGUUCAAAAACUGUAUCGUCAAACACCUAACGCAUUUUCCAUUUUGGAACCCUAUAUGGAUAUAACCAUCACAACUCCAGAUGAGUAUAUAGGGACUAUUACCAAAGAUUUAGUUGGAAAGCGAAGUGCUGUGAUCCAUGAGAUUGUUGAUGAAUCAAGUGCCUUAGAUCCGUUAGGGGAGCUAGCCUCACAAGAAAAUACGGAUAAAAAUAUGACAAAGGCAAAAUACAUCCCAAGAGAAACCUCUUCGUAUUCCUCCAUAAGCUCCUCUAUGGAUAAACAGACUUUGACGCAAAAUGAGCCGUACUCUGUCUCCAAAACCAAGCGUGUUUCCGCUCAGGUGCCCAUGGAACGAAUGCUUGAUUACAACUCAGUAUUAAAAGCGUUAGCAAAGGGAAAUGCAAAGUUUACAAUGUCUCAAAUUCAGAAUCCGUCGUCUUCAACUUCUGUCCCAACCCCAUCUUCAUCUUUCCUACCUAUGUCUACUGAACGGCAAAAGCACGUUUUUGCAACCGAAAUGUUCUGAGGAGUUCCUAAGAAAUAAAAACAUGAGGUUAUUUAAAAAAUUCAAUCAUAGAAUCUUGCUAAAAUUUAUAUCCCUAUUCCUGUAUCUGAAGCUCCCUUUUUCUAUACCUUUCGGUGUAUGCGAAUAUUCUACCCUUACGGAGUUGCGUACUAAGUGAUUAUCCACGCUCACAUAAACUUAACCUUAACACAUAUCACCACAUUCACGACAAAACACUCUAGACGAUAUUA